AUGACGGGCGGAAAGCACUGGCAUUGGCAGGGUGCUUUGACACUUUCCUGCUCGCACCCACCCAGAGACCGAGGGGGACCGCAGAGACCGAGCCUCGAGGGGAGUGGGGGGUCCAGCCAAUUCCCGGCGCUGUAUCCCAUUUCCAGUACGAUUGCCCCGAAGAGCCCCAGCCAACCCCGAACAUAUCUUUAA